GUGGUGGUUGGAGGGCAGGCCAGACAUCACUCUCUCACUGGGUUGCAAAAAGGUGUGAAAUAUACUAUCACUGUGCAGGCCAGAGGAGAGCAGGGCUAUGGGGAGCACUCUAUUCUUAUAGUAGGAAAAACCCUCGAUGAUGUGCCCACAGCUCCACCCAUGAAAUGUUACUGCCAUGCUCUCAGUGUCAGGAAUAGUAGUGUCCUGGUUGGAAACUCCUUGCGAACACAUCAACUCACUGGCAGGUCUCACUGGCUUUAUGGUGCGGUACAGACCUAAGGGUGAGGGGUGGCUGUACACUGAGCCAGACGACCCAGCUGCUAGGAAUGUUACCAUCACUACUGGAAUCACCAUACUGGUGGUGUAUGAGUUUCAAGUGGCAGCUGUGAAUGCAGAGGGUGUUGGUCCCUACAGCUCAUCAGUGACUCCCUCGGUAGUCCCAACUGCAGAGAGCAGCACAACAGAGAGCGGCACAACAGAGAGCAGCACAACAGAGAGUGGCACAACAGAGAGCAGCACAACAGAGACAGAGAGCAGCACAACAGAGAGCAGCACAACAGAGAGCAGCACAACAAAGAGCAUUCCAGAUACAGCGAACUCCUCCAGACUGAUAGGUGGAGUUAUAGCACUCGCACUUGUGGUCGUUCUACUGGUAAUUGUCAUUAUAAUUGCCUUCUUCAGCUGUUGUAUAUGGAAACACAAAACAAGAGCAAUGUUUGGAAUUUAUGGGUAUGUGUAUAGUCGUGUUAUCAUUGAUGGGUAUGCGUAUAGUCGUGUUAUCAUUGAUGGGUAUGUGUAUAGUCGUGUUAUCAUUGAUGGGUAUGUGUAUAGUCGUGUUAUCAUUGAUGGGUAUGCGUAUAGUCGUGUUAUCAUUGAUGGGUAUGCGUAUAGUCGUGUUAUCAUUGAUGGGUAUGCGUAUAGUCGUGUUAUCAUUGAUGGGUAUGCGUAUAGUCGUGUUAUCAUUGAUGGGUAUGCGUAUAGUCGUGUUAUCAUUGAUGGGUAUGCGUAUAGCCGUGUUAUCAUUGAUGGGUAUGUGUAUAGCCGUGUUAUCAUUAAUGUAUACACCUUUGUACUCUCAAUCUAGUGAUCCUUCUUCAAAAAUUCCAAUGGAAGAAUGUCAAGCUUAUGCAGUGCUAGCACAACAAAGAAGCGGUAGUGGAAAACCAGACCAAUAUCAAACGGUUCAGAAGAAGAAGAACAUGUGUAUGAGUAUAUG